AUGUGUUUAGUCAAAACUACUGCUCAUUUGCUUUUCUAUUCCUUUGUGUUUGGAGGAACGACAUUUUAUUCCUAUGUAGCUUCGCCAAUUGCAUUUAAAGUGCUUGAAAAAGAUCAGUUUUCUGCCUUGCAGAAUAAGAUCUUCCCAUAUUUUUUUCAAAUGCAAGCUGCAUCGCCUAUCAUCUUAGCCCUUACCGCUCCGAUCGCUUUGACUACCGGACCCUUAUCCUCUUUGGUCAUAGCAUCUAUCAGCGGGUUUACUAAUUUAUUUUGGCUAUUGCCCUGGACCCACAAAGUCAAAGAACAAAGAAAAGAUAUUGCUAAGAGAUAUUCAGGCAAUGAGUUGGAAGCGAAAGACGCUGUGCUGCGUAAAGAAUUUGGCAAGUCUCACGGAUUGAGUCUUUUAUUCAAUCUUUCCAACGUUUGUGGGAUGCUUGCGUAUGGUGUUUGUCUGUCAGGAGGCUUACUAAGAAAAAUUCCAAAGUAA